CUGCUGAGCCUGCCCUGGUUCCGUUCACCUUGAACUUCACCAUCACCAACCUGUGCUACACGGAUGACCCAGCCUCCACCAAGUUCAACUUUACUGAGAGGAUCCUGCAGCACCUGCUUGGGCCCUUGCUCAGUAAAACCAGUGUUGGCCCCCUCUACUCUGACUGCAGACUGACCUCGCUCAGGGCCAAGAAGGACCAGGAAGCCACCAGAGUAGACACUGUCUGUACCCUCUGCCCUGACCCUGAUGGUCCCAGGCUGGACAGAGAGUGGCUUUACUGGGAGCUGAACCAGCUGACCCAAGGGAUCAGCCAGCUGGGCCCCUACACCCUGGACAGGGACAGUCUCUAUGUGAAUGGUUACACCCACUGGGCCUCAACCACCACCUCCACCAGUGAGUAUUACAGACCUCAAUAUCCCUGUGUGCCUGGAACCACCUUACAUCUCCUGAACAAUAGGAACUACUGGACCAGCAACCCCUCUCCCCCGCCACUACUUACCAUCAGGAAAGGAAAAGGACCUAAGAAGGAAGGGGAAGCCACCAGAGUAGAUGUCAUCUGCACCCUCCGCCCUGACCCUGAGGGCCCCAGGUUGAACAGAGAGCGGCUUCACUGGGAGCUGAAACAGCUGAUCUAUGGGGUUACCCAGCUGAGCCCCUACACCCUGGACAGGGACAGUUACACCAACUGGGCCUCUGCCACCACCUCCACCACAGCUGUGACCUCCACAUCCUUCUCAGCAUCCUCUCUUGCACCUGCCCUCACCACCAAGCCCACAGGGACAUCUCUCUCUUCUUCUCCCAAUACAGCUGCUGAACCUACCCUGGUUCCGUUCACCCUCAGCUUUACCAUCACCAACCUGUGCUACAUGGAUGACAUGGGACGCCCAGGCUCCACCAAGUUCAACUUCACUGAGAGGGUCUUGCAGUGCCUGCUUGGAACUUUACUCAAUAAGACCAGCAUCGGUGCCCUGUACUCUGGUUGCAGACUGGCCUGCCUCAGGCCUGAGAAGGUAGAAACCACUGGAGUGGAUGCUGUCUGCACCUACUACUCUGACCCUGAGGGCCCCAGGUUGGACAGAGAGCAGCUGUACUGGGCACUGAGCCAGUUGACCCAUGGUGUCAACCAACUGGACUACUACAGUCUAGACCAAGACAUUCUUUAUAGACAGUUUUUCAAUAGUUUCACCUAUGGAGCCUCAGCCUCAACUACAACCACGAGGAUUCGAGGAUUCGAUUCGUUCACCCUGAACUUCACCGUCGACAACCUGAGCUACUCGGCAGACAUGGGCCGACCCGGCUCCCUCAAGUUCAACAUCACGGACACCCUCAUGCAGCACCUGCUCAGCCCCGUGUUCCAGAGGAGCAGCCUGGGUGCCGGAUAUGCAGGCUGCAGGCUCACCGCGCUAAGGUCUGAGAACAAUGGUGCCUGGACAGGGAUGAACACCCUCUGCACCUACUGGCAGCCCCCUAGGGGUCCAGGCCUGUGUGCCAAGCAAGUAUUCCAUGAGUUGAGCUGGCAGACCCACGGCAUUACCCGCCUGGGCCCCUACUCACUGGACAAGGACAGCCUCUACCUCAAUGGUUAUAAUGAACGUAGGCCAGCUGAGCCUCCUACAAAUCCUGAGUUGGCCACUACAGUCCUGCCUCCUUCAUCAGCACCUGUGCAGCCAGAAGCCACCACAGGUAUCUGAGGCUACGGACAUACCCUGAAGACCCUCAAGCUCAACUUCACCAUCUCCAACCUCCAGUAUUCACCAGACAUGAGCAACCUCAGCUCUGCCACUUUCAACUCCACUGAGAGGAUCCUGCAGCACCUGCUCAGACCCUUGUUCCAGAACAGCAGCCUGGGCCCCUUCUACUCAGAUUGUAGACUGAUCUCCCUCAGGCCUGAGAAGCACAGGGCAGCAACCAGAGUGGACGCCAUCUGCACCUACAGCUCUGACCCUGUGGGCCACAGACUACACAGAGAACAGCUGUACUGGGAGCUGAGCCAGCUGACUUUAGGCAUCACCCAACUGGGUUACUCCACCCUGGACAGGGGCAGCCUCUCUGUCAAUGGCUAUGCAUCCCAGAGUUUAUUGACCCAGAGUCAGUACCUGCUACACUUUCGCAUUGUCAGCCGGAAUCUCAGCGACCUGGACCCUGGGUCCUCAGAGUACACUGCACUGCUGUGGGACAUCCAGGACAAGGUGAGGUCUCUCCUGCCCCUCCCUUCUCUUCCUGCCCUGGGUCACUCUCUGUUGAGCUCUGUGUUGGUCACCAUCAAGGCCCUGUUCUCCUCUAAUCUGGAACCCAGCAUAGUGGAGCAAGUCUUCCUAGCCAGGACCCUGAAUGCCUCAUCCCACUGGCUGGGCACCACUUACCAGCUGGAGGACCUGCAUGUGACAGGAGUGGAGCCAUCAGUUUAUCUACUGACAGACAAACAGACGAGCAGCACCAGCCCCCAGCACUUCCAGCUGAAUUUCACUGUCACCAACCUACUAUAUUCCCAAGACAUAGCCCAGCCAAACUCUAUCAAAUACCAGCGGAACAAGAGAAGUAUCGAGGAUGUGCUCAACCAGCUCUUCCGAAACAGCAGCAUCAAGAGUUCUUUUUUAGACUGUCAAGUUAUAGCAUUCAGAUCUGUUCCCUUCAGCAACCACACCAGCGUGGACUCCCUGUGUAACUUCCCACCCUUGACUUGGAGACUGGAUGAAUUUUCCACCUAUGAGGAAUUCCUGCGGCUGACCCAGAACGGUACCCAGCUACGGAACUUCACUCUGGACAGGAACAGUGUCCUAGUGGAUGGGUAUUCUCCCAACAGACAUGAUGCCUUGACUAAGAAUGCUGACCUCCCCUUCUGGACCAUCAUCCUCAUCUGCUUCAUGGGUCUCCUGGGACUCAUCACCUGCCUGAUCUGCUGUUUCCUUGUCACCAUCUGCCUGCAGAAGAAGAAGGGAGACUACAAGGUGCAGCGCCACUCCCUGGGCUAUUACCUGCCACCCCUAGAUUUGAGGAAGCUGCAAUGA